AUGUCGAGUGUACGAAGAAAACGUGAACUGAAAAGAAAUCGUUCAAUUUACUACAAGAAUAAAGCCUAUAGAAGAAGAUCGACUGGACCGGCGGAGCGUACGCUAAAAGGGACUCCGGAUUGGGGCGAACCGGCAGCGAUCGGUGACCAUCUGUGGGUUUCCACGUCCGUAUCUGGAGAAUUUUGUUACGUGGGCGAUGCCGAAUGUCUGAAACGUGGUGGCAGAUUAAAAUGUUCGGCGUGCAAUAUCGUCUGUCACGAAGAGUGCGUCAACAUUUUGAUGGACCGGCUACGGUUCACGUGUAAACCGAGCUUUAGGGACGUCGGCGUUCGUCAGUAUCGUGAACAGACCACCGUUCAACAUCAUUGGGUUCAUCGUAGGUCCGAAAAGGGCAAAUGCCAACAAUGUGCUAAAUCAUUCCAAUCGAAAUUAUCGUUUAGUUCCAAAGAAAUCGUAGCUAUAAGUUGUUCGUGGUGCAAAGUAGCGUUCCACAAUAAGGAUUCGUGUUUCAAUAUUCAACGAAUAGGCGAAGAAUGUAAUUUAGGUGUACAUAAUAAUAUUAUAGUUCCUCCGUCUUGGAUAGUGAAGUUACCUAGGAAGGGUAGCUUCAAGUCGAGCUUGAGGAAGGUGCCAAAAAAAAAGGGAACAAAUAAGAAGAGAGUUAGUAAUAAGGAUAAAGAAUAUAAGACAUUCGUGAUCAAACCCAUUCCAACGACCAUCGUAACUCCUGUGAUCGUAUUUAUAAAUCCGAAAUCCGGCGGCAAUCAGGGCCUGAAGCUGAUGCAAAAGUUUCAAUGGCUGCUUAAUCCACGACAGGUUUUUGAUUUGACUCAAGGCGGUCCAAAGUUCGGUUUGGAACUGUUUCGGAAAGUACCAAACUUGCGAGUGCUGGCCUGCGGCGGUGAUGGUACCGUCGGCUGGGUACUGAGCGUCAUAGAUCAGAUUAAAAUGAAGCCUGCGCCGCCUGUGGGGGUACUACCUCUGGGUACCGGGAACGAUCUUGCCAGAGCACUUGGAUGGGGCGGAGGUUACACCGAUGAACCAAUCUCAAAAAUCCUAACCAACAUCAGCCACAGCGAUACAGUACUCUUAGACAGAUGGUGCUUGGACGUUGAAACCAAUCCAAAUGCGGAACAAUCAAACGACGGCAAAGAUAAGUUACCAUUGAGCGUGGUCAACAAUUAUUACUCUUUGGGCGUCGACGCUCACAUCGCUCUAGAAUUUCACGAAGCCAGAGAAGCACAUCCGGAGAAGUUCAAUUCGAGGCUGCGCAACAAGAUGUUUUACGGUCAAAUGGGGGGUAAGGAUUUGCUGAGAAGGAAAUGGAAGGCUCUUGCGGAUUACGUUACUUUGGAAUGUGACGGUAACGAUAUCACACCCAAAUUGAAAGAGCUUCGAGUUCAUGCUAUUGUGUUUCUUAAUAUUGGCAGUUAUGGUGGUGGUACGAAGCCGUGGAGUAAAACAAUGGGAACCUCAGAACCAAACACCGAAGACGGUCUAAUAGAGGUGCUAGGACUAACGACAUAUCAAUUACCUCUUCUUCAAGCCGGAGGCCACGGAACAAGCAUCACUCAAUGUAGAUCUGCUAAAAUUGUGACAACGAAAACCAUCCCAAUGCAGGUCGACGGCGAGGCUUGUAAACUGAAACCGUCCGUAAUCAAUCUCAGCCAUUUGAACAAGGCGACGAUGUUGGCCAAACGCAAAUCCGGCAAAGUCAUUCCGCCGCAAGCCGCACUGCAGAAUCUCAAAUACGCGGUCUAUAAAAUCUCGAUGCCCGACUACGAACAGCAUCACUACGACAAAGAUAAAUUAGCCGAAGCCGCUAUCAACGUUGGAUCUCUGGAAAUAAUAAUAACAGCCGAUCUGGAACAAGCUCGAACACCAAUCAAUAAAAUCCUGGAAGAACGAAAAGAUCACACGAGCAGCACCGAAUGGUGUUUCGUCGAUUCUUGCACGGCCGAACGUUUUUUCCGCAUAGAUAAGGCCCAGGAGAAUUUGCACUACGUUAUGGACAUUGCCUGUGAUAAUUUGUACAUUUUGGAGUGCGGCGGUGGGACGGUGCCGCAAACGCCCGAAGACGAAACGGCGAAUCCUUCACCCAGUUCUAAUCAUAAAGCUUCGCUAGUGAUACCCGAAAUGCGAAUCAGUGACGAAGGAAGUUUGGACUCGCCCAGUGACCAUCCGCCCGUCCUCAAUAAACAAACAGUAGAAACUCCAGACGAGGCUCGAAGUCCUACGAGUCCAGGGCAUAAAAUGAGAAGCGUUUUAGACGAACGACCCAACGAAGAACUGAUUGUUGCUGCGAAAAGUGGAAAUUUAACAACGUUGAAAGAGCUUCAUGUUCAAGGAUUUUCUCUGCGCACGCGUGACUCAUCUGGUCAAAGUCCGCUACAUUAUGCGGCACGUUUCGGACACAAGGACAUCAUCAAGUACAUAAUCAAUAAUUCGCCGAACACCAUCAACGACAAGGAUAUUAAUUUAGGACAAACAGCCCUUCACAAAGCAGCGGCGUACAAGUGGCGCGACAUUUGUUGCAUGCUGGUAGCGGCCGGUGCCAAACUGGACGCCACUGAUCACAGGGGCAACACGCCCCGUUUGUUGGCCCUCCAAAGUGACGACACUGAUCUUGCUGCUUACCUUUUGAGUCAAGAACAUUUUCAACUAGUCUCGUCUAACGAGGGAACUCCAGUCUAA